AUGGCCAUUGACGUUGUGGGAAGCAGCAGCCAAGAGAUGACGAACACUACUACUACUACUACAAGCAAUACCGAUAAACCCCGUCUCCUUCACGAUUCUCUGCAUGCCAUUCCGCAAGGCAUUCGAUUUCCCUUGGCGGGUGCGAUUGGCAACGUUCUGUUCCUGACGGGUUUUAAUGCCUGUGUGACCGCCUUUGAAUCCACUCCAUCGGUGACGGCCUCGCACAUUUACGCCGGCUUUUUCUGUUGUUUUAUACCGGUCUCUCACGCCCUGACGUGUUUGCUCGUGUUUGGAUGGCCCACGGGGCAUUACGUCUCAUCGCUGGCCGCCAAUGCACCCAUUGGAUUGACCGCCAUGGCACUGGGAACCGUCGCCACGGGCUACUUUGAUUCCAUUCACUUGGAACACAAAAUUGAUCAGUUUCUGUUGGAAAAUGGGAUUGUGUCGCAACCGGAACCCGACGAAGAACGCAGUGAAUUCUAUUCCAGUCUCGUCGUCAUGGUAAUCACGGGGAUUUGGAGUUUUGUGCUGUCAGUUUACGUCAACAGUUCUAGUAGUACAACAACAGCAACCAAAGAUGACAAGAAGGAGUUGUAA